AGCAUCCAAGUAACAGAGUACUAACUAAUCCCAUUCAUUUCCCUUUCCCUCUGUUCUCUUCUCUUCUCUCCAGUCUCCACACAACGGGAGGAAGCUAGCUAGUGAGGCGUGAGAGUGUGAGAGCAAGGCAGUACCAGCAGCGGCAAUGGAGACGCUAAUGGCGGCCGAGCUGCCGCAGCAGAAGGCGGGGGGGCUCGCGCGGAGGCUUGCGAGGCUCCUCCGCCUCAAGCGCUCGCCGGCGGGGUCGGGCGUGGCGUAUUCUGCGGCCAGCGAUGUGUACGACGAGUCCCUCGACAGCUCCAUCAACUCGCUCAGCCAGCUCAAGCUCUCUGGGAACAUGGCUGCCGCCUACUCCCUCGACGCGUUCUUCAAGACUGCCGCCAAGAAGAAGGGCGCGCCGCGCCAGUCUCCGGUGCCGGCGGCGGACGCGCAUGCGUUUGUCGCGAGCCUUUUCGUCGGGGUUUCCGCGGUGAAGGCGUCGUACGCUCAGCUGCAGCUCGCCCAGCACCCCUACGACGCCGAGGCGAUACAGUCGGCGGACGCCGCGUUGGUCGUGGAGCUCGGCAAGCUCUUGGACCACAGGAGGCAGUACGUCAGGGACCCGGUCGGCGCCGCCAAGAACGCGGAGGCGGGCCCCGCCGCAAUCGCCAACGAGAAGCGCCACCUCAUUCGGACCUAUGAGAUCACGGCGCGCAAGCUGGAGACGGAGCUGCGCGCGCGGGACGCCGAAGCGCAGCGCGCCAGGGGCGAGCUCGCCGACGAGCUCCACGCCGCGCGCGCACUGGAGGAGCGUGUUCACCCCGGUCGCACGCUCGCCACGCUCGACGACCUCCACUUCUCCGGCCUCAACGCCACUCACUUCCUCACCGCGUUGCGCCUCGCCGUCAAGUCCGUCCGCUCCUUCGCCAGGUCAAUGCUCGACGAAAUGCGGCUAGCCGGCUGGGAUCCCGCUGCGGCCGCUGGUGCGGUGCACCCGAGCAUCCCGUUGCGCCAUGCCGGCGACGCCAAGUUCGCGCUCGAGUCCUACAUCACGCUGAAGAUGUUCACAAACUUCCACCGGAGAGACUUCGGCCUGAGCCAUUUGCAGGAACGGGGCUCGUACGACCGGCGCCGCUUCUUCGAAGAGUUCGCCGAGCUCAAGACAGUGCCGGCUUCCACUCUCCUUGACGCGGGGAGCUCACGGUGGAGCGCGCUCGGCAAGUUCUUGCGGGACAGGUACUUGUCUGUAGUUCACGAGCGGAUGGAAACGGCGUUCUUCGGAAGGCCAGUGCAGCGCGCCCUGGUGAGCGCCGGGGCGGCGUUCCCGGAGACGGCGUGGUUUGCCGAGUUCGCCGAGAUGGCGCGCCGCGUCUGGCUACUGCAUUGCCUGUUCUUCGCGUUCGACCGCGGCGACGACGGCGCGUCCAUCUUCCAGGCACGGGCUGGUGACCGGUUCUCGGAGGUCUAUAUGGAGAGCGUAAGUGACAUGGACGGGGAAGACGGUGCCGGCAUGGCACUGGCUCUGGCCGGGAACCGCGUCGUCGGGUUCACCGUUGUGCCGGGGUUCAUAGUCGGGCGGUCAGUGAUGCAAUCCCGAGUAUACCUCUCGCGCCCCGCGCGACAUACGUGAUGAUGGAGACACCACGUUGCUGUUCUAGGCCAUGGCAGAUAUUCCAGGCGGCGGCAUGGUCGCCGGCCGGCAGCUGGAUGGACAGGAAUGUAUGUGGGUAUGUUAUUAGUUUUUAUUUUUUAGACAGGUAUGUUACUAGUUACGUAUGCAUAAUGUAUCUAUGUAUUUAUCUACCAGGGUAUCGAUGUAUUGAGAUGUCGCAAAAUGAGCAUAAUACAAACCGCAUUUUGGUUCA